GUUGCAUUGGAAUAUGGGUCGCCAAACGAUGAGGUUGACUCUCGCAGAGUGUAUUGGAAACUCGACAUGCGACUAGUUCCAUUAUCCUGCCUUCUCUACCUGCUCUCCUUCCUCGAUCGGACGAGUAUAGGAAAUGCGAAGAUUGCCGGAAUGGUUGAUGACCUGCACCUGACGGGCUUGAAGUACAACCUGUGUGCGGCUAUUCUCCUCAUACCCUAUGCGCUCUUAGAAGUCCCUUCGAAUCUCGCCCUCAAGAAACUUGGUCCCUCUAGAUGGAUCCCUUUCAUCAUGGCAGCGUGGGGUAUCAUAGUUGUCGCUGAAGGCUUCGUGAAGAGCUUUGGCGGGCUCAUGACAGCCCGAGUGUUUCAGGGCAUGGCAGAGUCCGGCAUCUUCCCAGGCCUGACGUUCUACCUCUGCGUCUGGUAUCCGCGAACGGCCCAUGCCCAAAGAAUCAGUCUGCUAUACUCGGCUGUGACGCUCGCCGGUGCAUUCGGUGGGUUGCUCGCAUUCGCUAUCGUUAAGAUGGACGGGAUCGGAGGUCUUAAUGGGUGGUCUUGGAUCUUCAUACUUGAAGGAUUAGUGACCUUCGUCGUCGCCAUCUUCGCAUGGUUCUACAUGUCCGAUUAUCCGGAGAAGGCAUCGUUCCUCACAAAGCCUGAGAGGGAGUGGUUGGUCGAGACCAUCAAGCAGGAUAGCACUGGACUCUCAAAAGAAUUCAAGCGCAAGUUCGUCUUCCAAGCUCUUCGCGACCCGCAUGUAUGGAUGCUGUUUGGCAUCCACUUCUGCCUUAUCAUCCCUGCCUACGCCUUCUCCCUCUUCCUGCCCACCAUGAUUACCGGUUUGGGUUUCUCUUCCUCAAAAGCCCAACUCCUCUCUGUGCCGCCAAAUGCCGCAGGCUGUCUCACUACCGUUGUCGAGGGUGUUCUAUCCGACCGCUUCCGUGCGCGUGGCCCGUUCAUUCUCGUCGGGUCGCUCACGGCGCUUGCGGGCUAUUGCAUCCUCUUCACGACUGCGGAUUCGUGGACCGGAUAUGUUGGAACGAUACUUGCAGCAUGUGGCCUGUUUCCGAGCAUAGCGUGCGUCCUUGCUUGGGCGGGAGGUAACUCGGGUGGGGAGGUGAAGAGGGCGGUCGCUAUUGCGAUUGUUAUCGGGUGUGGGAAUCUCGGGCCGAUCGUCUCGUCGUUCAUCUAUCGGCAGCAGGAUAGCCCACGGUACCUGCCCGGGCAUGGAACUGCCAUCGGGUGCUUGUGUGUCGCGAUCGUAUUGUGUAUCGUCGCCAUGCUGGAGUUCACGCGACUGAAUCGCAAGAAGACUGCACAGUGUGAGCGCGACGGUAUCACAGAGGACAUGACGGGCGAAUUUGUCGAUAUGGGCGACGCCUCGCCACUCUACAGGCAAGAUUCUUUCCUUCCUUUCUGUUUUAAGACCUGA